GGAAGGUGGCAGUAGUUUCACUUUCGAUUAUAGUCAGUAAAGUUAACUAGAUCGUUAAAAAUAAUUAAUAUAUUUCUUUUUUGUUGAAAAAAUACCACUGGUUCUAUAAUUAUUUAUUUUUCUGGAAACUGCCAAAAUAUAACAUUCAGUUGCGUUGUUUUGUCAUAAAGAACAAAGGUUACCUUACCAUGUCCAGAAGAGGUGCACGUCGAACUGUUUUAAAUUUAUUGGUUACUGUAAUAUUUCGAUCAGUGUUUUGUGGUGAAGAGACCAAAUUAGUUAUUGCGAUAUCGGGGUUGAAGACAAGCCUGCCCUGCAACAUUACACCAAAAAUUGAUGACGAUUCGCCUGCUCUAGUCCUAUGGUAUAAGGAUAAGUCUCCAACACCAAUAUACACCCUCGAUGCCAGAAAAAUUCCCUUUGAUCAAGCAAGACAUUCUUCCGUGGAUCAUCUCUCAAGCAGAGCUCACGUCUUAAUGACCACGAAUCCGCCAGGGUCGUUGGAGUUAGAUCCUGUUAGAGAAUCCGACGAAGGUGCCUACCGCUGUAGGGUAGAUUUCAAGAAAGAGAGGACACGAUACACCGACAGCAAAUUGAAGGUCAUUGUCCCGCCAGAAAAACCGGUAAUCAACAAUGAGAAAGGACAGGUGUUAAGAAGCCUGAUUGGACCAUACAACGAAAGGGACAGACUUGUUCUCCGAUGUGAAGCGGAAGGAGGAAAUCCUUCACCCUCACUGACUUGGUGGAGAGAGUCUGUUUUAUUGGAUGAUACCUACGUCCACGUAACAAAUGAGAGAAAAGUAGUCAACGAGUUGAGCAUUAAUUCUUUACAGAGGCAUGACCUGAUGGCUGCUCUGAGUUGUCAAGCAAAAAAUAACAACAUUUCUAAACCUCUAACUACAACUGUCACUGUCGACAUGAACUUUAGACCUCUGGUAGUAGAAGUACAAACUGAGGACCAGAUCUUUUCAGCUGGACGGUCUACCCAGAUAGUCUGCAAGGCUGUUGGUUCUCGACCUGCCGCAGUGAUUACUUGGUGGUCUGGGGAAACACGAUUGAAGAACACUAAGGCCUCCGUGUCGGUUGACGGCAAUGUCACUACCAGCUAUCUAGCCUUCUGUCCGUCUUCGGAAGAUGAUGGAAAAACCAUCAUCUGUCGCGCCGAAAACCCUUUCAUAGCAGACAGUGCAGUUCAAGAAGAAAAGAUAUUGACAGUUUAUUAUGUACCAAAAGUGAACGUUAAUAUCCCCAGACACCUGACUGAUGCAGUUGUAAAGAGGGGGCAUGAUAUAUUUUUUGAAUGCCACGCCAUUGCCAAUCCUCCGGUAUCAGAAAUCGGUUGGAUGUUUGAAGGAAGAGAGCUUCAUACAAACAAAUCUGAGGGAAUUAUUGUCACCAACCACUCUUUAGUACUCCAGGGAGUUACUCGAAACAAGAAAGGACUCUACACGUGCGUUGCAACAAACGUAGAAGGAAAAGGGGAGAGUGAGCCUGUGCUGUUGCGUAUUCAAUUUCCUCCGGUCUGUAAAUCGAAGCAGAAGGUUUACGGAGCGGUACUCGACGAGCCUGUUACUAUUUACUGUGACGUCGAUGCAGAACCGCCCGAAGUAAAGUUUCGAUGGUCGUUCAAUGGCUCCAAAGAUGCUGAGGACACAUUGACUUUCGAAAGUAAUUUAACAAGUAGCCUAGCCACAUACAUCCCAAAACAACAACACCAGUAUGUCGUCUUGCUUUGCUGGGCUGAAAAUGAAGUGGGACCUCAGAAGGAUCCAUGUGUUUAUAAGAUUAUCCCAUCAGAUGUUCCAAAAAAGCCUCUUAGCUGUACCGUUAACAACAGGACUACAGGCACUUUAGAAGUAGCAUGCCCGGAGGGAUACAGUGGUCGCUUUAAACAGCAAUUCAUCUUUGAAGUUUACAAUACAGCUUUAAAAAAGCUGGAGAAAAAUGUUACGUCCUUUGACCCUUUCUUUACUGCUCACGAUCUUCCACCUGGAACGCUGUUUUUAAUCUCUGUGUAUUCAUUUGAUCAGAAAGGUAAAACAGACAACUGGACAACUGAAGUAUCCACUUUAUUAAAUUCCAACCAAUAUAUUUCAGUUCCUGAAACAUAUUGGUUCGAGACACUUAAGCCUGUAUUGGUGUAUUUUUUUGCCAUAACAGGAGGGCUAAUUAUUAUGAUUCAAAUAAUCGUUCUAGGAGUAAAAUUGAGAAAGAGACAAAACAACAAAAGAAAAUCAGCUGCUGCCAAUAAUGGAGAGGAAAACAGGGAAGAGAGUAUAACUUUCAAAAACAGUGGAGAGUGUUAUACCCCCCCAUCAAUGUUAGAAGACGAAAGAUGCCCGGACCUUAUUCCAGAAAUACGGAGUACCCUCGAAGGAGAGAGUUGCAUUUUCUCAGACACUCUAAGAAAAUCUUGCAUUCCAAAAGAUGCAACUCAAGUACGUUGCAUAUCCAUGAGCGAUUCACGUGGUUCUGGUCAGAUAAACUUCAUCUAUCCAUCAACCCUUCCUUCCCUCGAGGAACGAAAGCGACCAUCUCUUGACAGUUGCGCUCUUCAGAUAGCUACGUGUACUGUCCAUGGUCUGUCGCAAGAAAGCGAAUUAGGGGUAAAAGUGCUACCGUCAUCGCCGUUCCUCAGGCGAGUGAUUCAGGGAGAAGUAACUGAAUUAGCUAUUUCUGAAGAGCGUAAUACGGAGGUCUGAUAAUGGAGGCCAGGUUUCCAAGCACCGUCACAGGAUCUAAAGUCAAAUUGUGCCUAAGAAAAUAGUUCAUGUCAUGUAACCCUAUUAUAUACGGUGUUCGUUAUACAUAAGUGAUGUGCAUUCUAUAUACAGAGCUUUGGGCAAAAAGCUUAAAAUGUAAAAACAGAACCUAUAAAAUGUAUUACAUUAAAACAUAGUGUGUAUGUUCUGUAUGCGCUGAAGUAUAAUGUGUAUGUUCUGUAUACGCCAGGAUAUAGUAUGUACGUUAUAUAUAUAUGCACUAGAACAUAAUGUGUACGUUCUGUAUACACUAUGGUAAUGUGUACAUUCUGUAUACAUUAGGCCAUAGUGUACAUGUUCUACGUACACUAGGAUAUAGUGUGUACGUUCUAUAUACAUUAUGUCACAGUGUAUGUGCCCAGAGUUAGUUAAAAAUGUAUCAUCCUACCUUUAUUAAAUGUUAUUUUAAAACGGGCAGAGCGUGUUAGAAGACAAAGGAGAAAAUGUAUAUUUAUGUUUAAAAGAAAACAUAAAUUAAGAUGUGGAUGCUUGUCAGCUAACUAUGAAGAAGGAGGAAUAAUUUUUCACACUUUCUCAAAACCUUGAAAUAAACGAACAACGGGAGUAUUCUAAUAAGAAGCUAAAAUGGUACACUUAACCCUUUUUUGAUAUGAUUGCUAAUGGCAAUGUCUAUUGAAAUAAGACUAUCUGUCGACAAAAUAUAUGACUAGUUCGGUAUGUCUGCUGUUGAUUCAUAUGUAUUUAAUGAGUUUUUCUUGUUACAUCUGUAGUGGCGCUGUUGUAUGAAGUCCGAAUAUAUUCCUUCCCGUGUAAAUCAGUUUCAUUCAGAUCAAACGAAAAACUAUUUCUUGUCGUCAUACAAAGAUCAUAGAUGAAAUAUGUUACCAGUAUGCAACUUCAAUGUUAAGGAGUUGUUGUGAAUUUUAGGAAAUUAUUCACUAUGAAUAUGACAAUAUCAAUAAAUCAGUUUAACUGUCCCCUAAUCACAACAUUUUUAUAAACCAAAUCACAAAGAAAAUUGUCGUUUUUUGCGCUAAAAGUAUUACAUUUAAUGUGAUUAACAAUUGAAUUUAGCAAUAGAAAAAGACGUUGCUUCUCAAAUACAAUUAACUCUUUAUGCUUAGUUAUAACAUCAAUUUUUUCUGAUUAUUUAGAUGUACCCGCUUAAUGUUGGAAAACAUUAAAUAAAGCAAGGUCAUUAAUUUUUAAUUAAUUUGUUUCUGUUCAAAGCUACAGGGCGGUUGUAAAAAAUCCUCAUUUAAAACAAUUAUAUCAUACAACUACUUUCCUCGAGGAACGAACUUUCACAUUCUGAGAAUGGUGUUUUAUUCAGGAAAAUUUGGUAUAGGAUACUUUAAAACCAUAUUAUACCACAUAUCUAAGUCGCAUUACUUAUGAUAUAGGGUACUUUAAAACCAUAUUAUACCACAUAUCUAAGUCGCAUUACUUAUGAUAUAGGGUACUUUAAAACCAUAUUAUACCACAUAUCUAAGUCGCAUUACUUAUGAUAUAGGGUACUUUAAAACCAUAUUAUGCUGCAUACCUAAGUCGUAUUACUCACAGGCUGGUGUUGCUUUUAUUUCUUUUAUUCCUCUCUCUCUUUCAAAAAUGCGAUGUUGGCGAUUUAAAUGAAAUGCAUGACACUGUACAGGAUCGCACAGUUGUUGUUCGACUAUGCAAUCAAAGCAUUGCACCAACAGAUGUUUGAGUGUGAGGAUCAUUGAUCACCAUCCAGAACAGUUGACGUGUGCAGCUUCAUUUAGAGAUGAGUUUCCAUACUGAUUGAAAAUGACGGAAAACGUACAGAGCACCUUUCUUUGAAACACCUUGUACAGUGUUAGAAUUUUCAUAAAUAUCACAUGUUAUUUUCAGUAUACUUCUGGGUAAGUUUACUUCCUCUAUAACAAGUAGUUUUUAAGAUAUAAUCAUUUUAAAUAUUGUGUUUUCUUUACAAUCAUCUUGAGUUUCGGAUGAUACGAAACAUUGAUUUUGGCUUACUCUUUCUUCGAUAACACAAUAAUAGGUAAAACAAUAUUUGUAUUUUAUACAUACGUAAACUAUAAUAUAUAUAUAUAUGUAAAACAGUAAAAGAUGAUAUAGUUUUUAAACGGUCUUUGCAGACCAAUAAUUAUACCUAAAAGCUGGUUAUCUUGUAAUAAAAGUAUGGUUAUGUCCUUAUAAA